GAAAGUAAGACGAUGAAUGGGUUAGAGUUGAAACUCAAUUGGAGGGGAGUUGCAAUUAUUGCAACUUGUAAAAUGGUCCUCCGCUCUUGCAACACUACACCAGAAAGUAAUUAUCUGGAGACUGAAAAUAGACACCAUGAAAUGGAUGCGCACGUGUACACAUCGUGGUCUUUUGCCAUGCUCUCAUUUUGCCAUGCUUGGCGUGGAGUGUCCCUGUUUUCAAAGGGGGAUUAGGUUUAUGUGGAGACGAACAUGAUACAAAG